GUCAACCACCACCACGAACGUCGAAAGAGUGACCAUGACCUUCCUAGACCUGCCGCCGUCCCUGGACUGGCCUGCGCAAUUCUGCGCUGCGACGAUGCUGGCCACUUGGGUGGCUUCUCUCAUCACCGGAAAUGUCUCGCAAGUGGAUAGGCUCUGGACGUUCUUACCCACAAUCUACACCGCCUACUAUGCUUUUCUACCGCUAUUCCCUAACACACAACCAUUCUUCCUCUUCCCUUACGCUCCAAAGAGUUUUGGAUGGGCCACAGCGACCACUUGGAGCCCGAGAGCACUGCUCAUGUUCGGAUUGACUUUUACCUGGAUGUGUCGUUUGACCUACAAUACGUAUCGGCGGGGCCUGUUCAAUUUGAAUGAUGAAGAUUAUCGAUGGGCAGUCCUUCGCGCCCAUAUUCCAGGUGCACUGUUCCAGGUCUUUAACCUGGGAUUCAUUGUCAUCAUUCAGAAUGUGCUCCUCCUGUGGCUUGGACUCCCCGCACGAACUGCUGUGCAGCAGCCUCAUGACCCCCUUUCCACAUCAGACUAUGCCAUGGCUGCCCUAGCCUUGGUUUUGCUUGCGCUCGAAUUCACUUCGGAUAACCAACAGUACGCCUUCCACCAAUACAAACAUGCCUACCUGGCCAAAGAAGCUGGGAAGCUGGACGUCGAAUACAAGCCAGAAGAUCAUUGGAUUGGAUCGAGGUUGGACUGGACACCUGAAGACGCAAAACGAGGGUUCCUCAGUCGUGGAUUGUGGAGGUACUCCCGCCAUCCCAACUUCUUUUGUGAGCAGGCUUUCUGGUGGGUCAUCACCCUGUUCCCCCUUGUCUCACCAUCGCCUCCCCACCUUCCUUCUGCUGAAGACUUGCCUCCCCUCCGAACGAUUGUCAUUUCCAUCCUUCACCCAGACCUUCGACGGCCACUUGUGGAUACCUUGACGGCCGUGUUUUACCCCGCGUUCAUGCAUCUCCUCCCGGCCAUAAGCCUUUCAGCUCUCUUCUGGGGCUCGACCACCUUCACGGAAUCCAUUUCCAAGAAGAAAUACCCUCUCUCGUAUGGCGCGUACCAAAAGCGAGUGGGAAUGUUCGCGCCAGGUACGACGUUGCUGAAGCUGGUCCAGUUGAAGUUGUUCUCGUCCGAGGAGGAGAGGAAGAGACUGCAUGAUAUAGUAUGGGGAGGGGUCAUUGAGGAUAAGAAAACAAUCUAG